UUAUUUGAGGCGGGGAGGGAGAGAGAGGCGGGUGGUGGUUGCAAAGGCACAUCUCAGGUUGAUAGCCUGGAUGGAUUGGAGGCAUUCUCUUUUUCUGCCAAAUCGGAAAGUCGGUUCUCGAAAGCCCCGGCUAGCCAGACUAUAGGGUUUUAUUCUGGCUGCAGAAUAUAACUGGCUGGUGUGGUUUUUGCAAAGGGGGGCAAAAAGGAAAAAAAAAAAAAAGGGAAAAAAAAAAGGAGAGGCAGUACGUGAGUCGUCCAUUGCAAUCUCUAUUGUUUGAAACUUACUUUUUUUUUUAAAAUCAGAAUUUGAAGAUGAAAACGGUUAAAUAAUGGCCAUAUUUUAGUGACUGAUCAACUUAAUGCUUUGCUUCUGAACACAUUUAUUACCAUUAUUUUCUUCAUUUUGGAUUGAGAACAUGAAUCUGGACACAGGAGAAAGUACAGAAUGUUGGAAAAGAGUAUCCAUUAAACAGAACAUCUAACAGCUACUUUGCAAGAAGCAUUAAGUACAGCAUUGUUAUGCUUCGAUUUUGGUAUGAUAUUGACUCUCUAGCACAUAGGUAGCCCUCCAAAAAAUCACCAGUUUUCUAAAUUAUGGAAAUUUUGUGGAAGACGUUGACUUGGAUGUUGAGCCUCAUCAUGGCUUCAGCAGAAUUUCAUAAUGACCACAGACUUUCAUACAGUUCUCAAGAGGAAUUCCUGACUUAUCUUGAACACUACCAGCUAACUAUUCCAAUAAGGGUUGAUCAAAAUGGAGCUUUCCUCAGCUUUACUGUGAAAAAUGAUAAGCACUCAAGAAGAAGACGGAGUAUGGACGCUAUCCAUCCACAGCAGGCGGUGUCGAAGUUAUUUUUUAAACUUUCAGCCUACGGCAAGCACUUUCACCUAAACUUGACUCUCAAUACAGAUUUUGUAUCCAAACAUUUUACAGUAGAAUACUGGGGAAAAGAUGGACCCCAGUGGAAACAUGAUUUUUUAGACAACUGUCAUUAUACCGGAUAUUUGCAAGAUCAACGUAGUACAACCAAGGUGGCUUUAAGCAACUGUGUUGGAUUGCAUGGCAUUAUUGCUACAGAAGAUGAAGAAUAUUUUAUUGAGCCUUUAAAGAAUACCACAGAGGAUUCUAAGCAUUUUAAUUAUGAAAAUGGCCAUCCUCAUGUUAUUUACAAAAAGUCUACCCUUCAGCAACGGCAUCUGUAUGACCACUCCCAUUGUGGGCUUUCAGACUUCACAAGCAGUGGCAAACCUUGGGGGCUGAAUGAUACAUCAUCUGCUCUUCCUUUAUUACUACCAACCAAUGACACACAUACCCACCACAGACGGAAAAGAUCCGUGAGCAUUGAGCGCUUCGUGGAGACGCUGGUUGUGGCAGACAAAAUGAUGGUGGGCUACCAUGGACGUAAAGACAUUGAGCAUUACAUUUUGAGUGUGAUGAAUAUUGUUGCCAAACUUUACCGUGAUUCCAGCCUAGGAAACGUUGUGAAUAUUAUAGUGGCUCGCUUAAUUGUUCUCACAGAGGAUCAGCCAAACUUGGAGAUAAACCACCAUGCAGACAAGUCCCUCGAUAGCUUCUGUAAGUGGCAGAAAUCAAUUCUCUCCCACCAAAGUGAUGGAAACACCAUUCCAGAAAAUGGGAUUGCCCACCACGAUAAUGCAGUUCUUAUUACUAGGUUAUUAUUUCCCAGUACCAAUGUUUUCUUCAUUGACCCUGUGCUUUAUGUCUUGAAGAGUUUUACUUUGGGGAUGGAAUACCAUCACAAAUUUUGGGAUAGGUAUGAUAUCUGCACUUACAAAAACAAGCCUUGUGGAACUUUGGGCUUGGCCUCUGUGGCUGGAAUGUGUGAGCCUGAAAGGAGUUGCAGCAUUAAUGAAGACAUUGGCUUGGGUUCAGCUUUUACCAUUGCACAUGAGAUUGGUCACAAUUUUGGUAUGAACCAUGAUGGAAUUGGAAAUUCUUGUGGGACCAAAGGUCAUGAAGCAGCAAAACUUAUGGCAGCUCACAUUACUGCAAAUACCAAUCCUUUUUCCUGGUCUGCCUGCAGUCGAGACUAUAUAACCAGCUUUCUAGAUUCAGGCCGUGGUACUUGCCUUGAUAAUGAGCCUCCCAAGCGUGACUUUCUUUAUCCAGCUGUGGCCCCAGGUCAGGUGUACGACGCCGAUGAGCAAUGCCGUUUCCAGUACGGAGCAACAUCCCGCCAAUGUAAAUAUGGGGAAGUGUGUAGAGAGCUCUGGUGCCUCAGCAAAAGCAACCGUUGUGUUACCAACAGUAUUCCCGCCGCUGAAGGGACAUUGUGUCAAACUGGGAAUAUUGAGAAAGGGUGGUGUUAUCAGGGAGAUUGUGUUCCCUUUGGCACGUGGCCCCAGAGCACAGAUGGGGGCUGGGGUCCCUGGUCUUUGUGGGGCCAGUGCAGCAGGACCUGCGGGGGAGGCGUCUCUUCAUCCUUAAGACACUGUGGCAGCCCAGCACCUUCAGGAGGUGGAAAAUACUGCCUUGGCGAAAGGAAACGGUAUCGCUCCUGCAACACGGAUCCAUGCCCUUUGGGUUCCCGAGAUUUUCGAGAAAAACAGUGUGCAGACUUUGACAAUAUGCCUUUCCGAGGAAAGUAUUAUAACUGGAAACCCUAUACUGGAGGUGGUGUAAAGCCGUGUGCAUUAAACUGUUUGGCUGAAGGUUACAAUUUCUACACUGAACGUGCCCCUGCAGUGAUUGAUGGGACCCAGUGCAAUGCAGAUUCAUUGGAUAUUUGUAUCAAUGGAGAAUGCAAGCACGUGGGCUGUGAUAAUAUCCUGGGGUCGGAUGCGCGGGAAGAUCGCUGUCGGGUCUGCGGUGGGGAUGGAAGCUCCUGUGACGCCCUUGAGGGCUUCUUCAACGACUCCCUGCCCAGAGGAGGCUACAUGGAAGUGGUGCAGAUACCCAGAGGCUCUGUCCACAUUGAAGUCAGAGAAGUUGCCAUGUCAAAGAACUACAUUGCUUUAAAAUCUGAAGGGGACGAUUACUACAUUAAUGGUGCCUGGACUAUUGACUGGCCUAGGAAGUUUGAUGUUGCUGGAACAGCUUUUCACUACAAGAGACCAACGGAUGAACCUGAAUCCUUAGAAGCUCUCGGUCCCACCUCUGAAAAUCUCAUUGUCAUGGUUCUACUCCAGGAACAGAAUUUGGGAAUUAGGUAUAAGUUCAACGUUCCCAUCACUCGGACGGGCAGUGGAGAUAAUGAAGUGGGCUUUACGUGGCACCAUCAGCCUUGGUCAGAAUGCUCAGCUACUUGCGCUGGAGGUGUCCAAAGACAGGAAGUGGUGUGCAAAAGGGUAGACGACAACUCCAUCGUCCAGAACAACUAUUGUGAUCCUGACAGUAAGCCACCAGAAAAUCAAAGAGCCUGCAACACAGAGCCCUGUCCACCUGAGUGGUUCAUUGGGGAUUGGUUGGAGUGCAGCAAGACCUGUGAUGGGGGCAUGCGCACACGGGCAGUGCUCUGCAUCCGGAAGAUCGGGCCUUCGGAGGAGGAGACGCUGGACUACAGUGGUUGUUUGACCCACCGACCUAUGGAAAAAGAGUCCUGCAACAACCAGUCAUGUCCACCUCAGUGGGUGGCUUUGGACUGGUCUGAAUGUACUCCGAAAUGUGGUCCAGGAUUCAAGCACCGGAUCGUUCUGUGCAAGAGCAGUGACCUUGCCAAAACCUUCCCAGCGGCUCAAUGUCCCGACGAAAGCAAACCUCCUGUUCGCAUCCGCUGCAGCUUGGGCCGCUGCCCACCUCCUCGCUGGGUGACAGGAGACUGGGGCCAGUGUUCUGCCCAGUGUGGCCUUGGACAGCAAAUGCGUACGGUGCAGUGUCUCUCCUAUACUGGCCAAGCAUCUAGUGACUGUCCAGAUACUGUGCGGCCUCCGUCCAUGCAGCAGUGUGAAAGUAAAUGUGACAGUACACCCAUCUCCAGUACUGAAGAGUGCAAAGAUGUGAACAAAGUGGCUUAUUGCCCACUGGUGCUGAAGUUCAAGUUCUGCAGUCGAGCAUACUUCAGACAGAUGUGUUGUAAGACCUGCCAAGGACACUGACCCACGGAAAGCCAGAGAGAGAGAGAGCCUUGUCAUUUCAUCGUGGAAAUGCAUCCAUGGAGGAGAGCCACCCCGAGGAAGAGGACUGAUGUCCUUGCAAAAGCAUUACCCUGUGGAAAACGUAACCACUGGUCAGCCCUAGCUGACAGGAAUUCAAUAUUAUUUUAACUUCUGUGAAGUGGGAUUUAUUGAUCCAAAGUGCUGGACACGGUAUUAGGAGGGAAUGCCAGAUUGGAGAGAUCCAAACAACACAGGGAGACUUGCUUACUGUGGAGCGUUUGUGUUCUUUCGAGUAAAUCCAAUAGCCUGUUUACCUCCUUGGACCAUUAAGAUAAUUUUUAUUAUGGACUUAGCAAUGACACUGAAUCCAUUUGUAUUUAAAACUGUUUAAAAUGUAGCUGUUAUGACUUGGUUAACUAUGGAAGUAAAGAAGAUUCAGAAUUCUUAAGUCAUAGCUUAAAAAAUAUUUACUAUACUUUAUCUCACUACAACAGCACCACCAUUUAAAUUAUAAAAUGGGCUUUGAACUGUAAUUUAAGGACCAAUUAUAAAUCAAAAGUAAUGGAAGUUUGUAUUCUUCUCCUCCAUUCCACUUAAUUUCCUUAGGAAUAAUCCCCCUGUUCUGAACACUGCUGUGAGCCAUAUAUAAAACUAUAUUAACGUGGACAAUGAGGGACUUAGUUUAAAGCAAAGCAUCGGUUGCUGCAGCUGUGCAAGUCUAUAAAUUCAGUGUGCAAGUGAAGCUGAGAUUUCCAUUAAAAACUUUAAGAGAAAAACAUUUCAGUUUCAUCCAGAAGCCAGACCUGUGGUAUGGUGGAGACUGAAGUACCCGGCCCCUCACUACUACCACCAUACCCCACAACAUGCCUUAUUUUUCACUUGAGUCUCCCUGCCACCCCCCCCCCCAAACUCAUUGUGUUUACAUUCUCACCAGCCACACAACAGCUUCUGCCUUGAUUGUUGCGCGCAUGCCCAGCCUAAUGAGAUGAUGCCAGACACAAGAUAGGCCGCCUCGGCAGCAACCAGGCAGCCCCUUUUGCAAUUUGCUGACAAUUAUGAUGCGUUCCAGAUGUCCCUUCUUUGAUAUGGUAGAAGGGCAUUUAUUUCUAUGAGAGCAAGUGUGCGUGUGUGUGCGUGUGUGUGCACAAGCUCAGGCGCUUGAGUAUAUGGAUAGAUGAGUGUGCUUGCAUAUAAAUGUGCUAUUUCUUUGAGUUUGAAAGUAGGCAAGGGACAACAACCAAAGAAGAAAAACUCACCAACACUAGAGCUCAUAUGGCGUAAUUCUAACCAUCAUCCUACCAAGGAUUUAGUAUUUUUUUAAAAAAUGGAUACUGUCUUGUUACUGUCGAUUAAAUGUGAAGCCCAGUUUCUUGGGCAAGUCAAAUUCUAGAAGGUCAUCCACCUAAAUUAAAAUGACUAGCCCCUAUCUUCACAUCCUGCUCACCCAAAGAGUCAACAGCUAGAUUUUUUUUAAAGGGUACUCUUUAUAGUAACACUUUGUACUUGAAUACUCUGUAGCUCAUAGCAGGUUCUUGAUGAAUGUGCUCUGUGUUUAACAGGCCUCUUUUGGUGUACAUGUGUAUAGAUCAUGCUUGCACCAAAACGAAAUGGCUACUUUGUAAGCAUAGUAUGUACAGUUGAAAAGCAUGUGUCCUACACACCAUGAUUCGUUGUUGUUUUUUUUUUCAAGAAGGAAAAGAAACUGAGAUAUGAAAUGUCACCUAAUCUUCCAGGUUUGCUGCGGCUAGAUGGCACUGGCUUGUUUUCUGUACAUUCCUUCACAACCACCCACCUCUCGUGCCCUGCCUGUCUCUCAGUAUCGCAGUUCCCAUCCCUGAGUUCUCCAGAAAGAUCUCUUGAUACACAAGAGAUACUGUUAAACCCUAUCUAUGUAGCUGCCCUUGGAAGACCAACCCAAGCGCCAUGUUAGCUAAUUGGGGAAGAAAAGCAGCCCGUGGGCAGUGCAGUUGAAGCUUGAAUUCCCUCUUGAUCCUUUUUCAAAGAACCAUUAACUUGGUGCUAAUGUGCCCUGGUGAAAUUAAAUAAAGCAUACGUGGUUUGUGUGGCCGUUUAGGCAUAGGUUUCCUAUCUACAUCUGAUUGUCAUUAACACAAAUAGCAGCACAUUUUUUUUUUUAUUUCUAGAAGAUACAAUACUGACCAAAGGUCCUACUUUAUCCCCACUUGGAAGCUAAUACCAUCAGGGCUGACCCAUGGCUCCUUGCAGUGCCUCGCGGCGGGAAAGGGGAUCGAGGCCUGAGUUCCCGCUGGGGUGAUCCCUGCCCUGGAGCAUAGCUUGCCUUUCAAGAUGCCACAAAGCAUAGAAUGUAAUAGGAUUCAACAUUUUCAGGUAGGCCCUGAGUUUCCACCUGAACUGGUUAAAAGGAAAAAGAAGAAGAGAGAAAAGACAAACAUAUUCCACAACACGUUACAGUAUCACUGCUACUGUCGCCACUCAGGUAGCUCCAGGAAGCCCUACUCCUACACCAUAACAACAGGCUCUUCCGUGGAGGCUCAGCUGCCCUGGAAGAUGUCCAAAGGCUCUGACAUCUGCUUCGGGAACCCCAGGGAAACUGAUACCAUGGCUGAGCGCAGUCUCUGACAUUGGUAUAAUAGUCUACCAAAAAAAAAAAAAAAAGAAAGAAAUGCAAACAUACCCAAAUGAUUGAAUCCCUAGAGCUACAUGAGACUUACAGUAUAUCCCAUUAGGAACUUUUCUAUUUGAGUGAAUGUCACGUUAAGUAUCCUUGAUAAUACAGAAUGGAAUUACCUUUGUAUCAUUGUGAUUAGUUGUUGCUUAUUAUUUUAUAUGCAGUAUUAAUGUGGUACACUGUUACUGGUUUUUUUUUUUUGCUUUUGUAAAUUAUAUUCUAAUUUAUUGCCAUGUUUCCUAACACUUGUCCUACAUUCAUUCUCUUGCUUGUAAUGAAAAUGAAAAAAAAAAAAGUCAUUGUAACACUUGAUGGAGUGAAAUUCCACACCA